AUGAGAAGAGGUCUGUCUGCGCUGCACUUCUCAGCUGUUCCCGCCAGGGGCGCUGUGCCUGGAACUACUCUUGGGAACGGAGCUAACGUCAACAUCAGGAGUAAGGAUGGGAAGACCCCUCUCCACAUGGCAGCGGUCCAUGGAAGGUUCUCUCGUUCUCAGGCUGUCAUUCAAAACGGUGCGGAGGUGGACUGUGAGGAUAAGAAUGGGAACUCUCCUCUUCACAUCGCUGCUCGCUACGGACACCAGUUACUGAUCAACACUCUGCUCACACACGGAGCCAACACCGCCAAGCGUGGCGUCCAUGGCAUGUUCCCCCUCCAUCUGGCAGCUCUCAGUGGCUUCUCUGACUGCUGCAGGAAACUGCUCUCCUCAGACUUCCACAUAGACACUCCUGACCACUUUGGAAGGACAUGUCUUCAUGCUGCAGCUGCAGGAGGGAACCUGGAGUGUUUGAAUCUGUUGUUGAAUACAGGAGCAGAUUUCAACAGAAAGGACAGGUUUGGAAGGACUCCUCUUCACUAUGCCUGUUGUAACAGUAAAUCUCAGUGUGUGUUUGCCCUGGUGGGGUCUGGUGCUGGAGUCAACGAGCUGGAUGAGAGGGGCUGUUCUCCUCUACACUACGCUGCUGCUGGCACAGAGGGAAAGUGUGUAGAGUACCUGUUGAGGAGCGAUGCCAACCCAGGGAUCAGAGACCGACAGGGCUACAACCCAGUCCACUAUGCAUCGGCAUACGGACACACACUCUGCCUUGAACUGAUAUCCAGGGAGACUCCUCUAGAUGUGCUGAUGGAGACAUCAGGUACAGACAUCCUGAGUGACUCUGAUAACCACGCCCUCAUCAGCCCCCUUCACCUUGCGGCGUACCAUGGUCACUGUGGCGUGUUGGAGGUGUUGGCUGCCGGUCUGUUGGAGGUGGACAUUCGGACUCCUGAGGGCCGGACCCCGCUCUCCCUAGCCUGCUCCAGGGGCCACCAGGAGUGUGUGUCACUGUUACUGCACCACGGAGCUCACACACACACCAAGGAUUAUACACUGAAGAGGACAGCCUUACAUGCUGCAGCGAUGAACGGCCACUCUGACUGUCUCCGUCUCCUCAUCAACAACACAGACACACACAACUCUGUAGACGUACAAGACGCCAACGGACAGACCCCUCUGAUGCUGGCGGUACUGAGCGGACACACAGAGAGUGUGUAUUCUCUACUGAGUAGAGGAGCUGACGUAGAGGCUAAAGACCACUGGGGCAGGACUGCACUACACCGCGGGGCGGUGUCGGGUCAUGAGGAGUGUGUGGAGGCGUUGUUGCAGCGCGGGGCGAGUUUGUGUGUUUGUGACCGGGCAGGGCGCUCUCCGCUACACCUGGCAGCAGCUUGCGGACACACCGGGGUGCUGGGAGCACUACUACAGGCUGCUAAUGCCUUGCACACACACACACUUCUUACCGACAACCACGGAUACACACCGCUGCACUGGGCCUGCUACAAUGGUUAUGAUGGGUGUGUAGAGUUGUUGUUGGAACAGGAAGUGUUCAAGAAGACACAGGGAAACCACUUCAGCCCUCUGCACUGUGCCGUUAUGAAUGACAACGAGGGAGUCGCUGAGAUGUUGAUCAACUCUCUGGGUUCUGCUAUAGUCAACACUACAGACACCAAGGGCAGGUCUCCCCUCCAUGCGGCAGCAUUCUCGGACCACGUGGAGUGUGUGUCCUUGUUGUUGAGUCACGGAGCUCAGGCGAACACCUCCGACACACACACACGGACCACGCCGCUGAUGAUGGCAGCGCACAACGGACAGACCAAUGCUGUGGAGGUGUUGGUGAGCAGUGCUAAGGCAGACCUCACACUACAGGAUACUAACAAGAACACAGCUCUUCACCUGGCCUGUAGCAAGGGCCAUGAGACCAGUGCGUUGUUGAUACUAGAGAAGAUAUCAGACCGAAACUUUAUCAACUGCACCAACACUUCUCUACAGACGCCCCUCCAUGUAGCAGCUAGGAAUGGUCUGACCGUAGUAGUUCAGGAGCUGCUGGGGAAAGGAGCCAGUGUUCUAGCGGUGGAUGAGAACGGUUAUACUCCAGCCCUGUCCUGUGCACCUAACAGAGAUGUAGCCGACUGUCUCGCUCUCAUUCUUAACUCCAUGCUGCCCACCUCUCCCCUGGUCUCCAUAGCAACACUUCCUGCUUCCCCUCGUGUCACGAUGGCAACGCUUCAAUCUGUCAAUCACUACUCCAAUCACCAAUCAAAAGGAGUAGCAUUUGAGUCCCCUCCCCCUCUAAGGACUGACCACACCUCCUACUGCAGGCAGGACCGCCUACUCUGCGUUUCCCCCGACGACGAUAAUGAGUUUAACGACUCUGAUUCUGAGACCUACUGAAGACACGCCUACCUUGGAUAUACCACCACCUCUUUGGGAGGAUUUUAGGACUCCACUCUCUGAACCACUCACUCCACUACAUUCUGUCCUCUCGUCCCUUACCAAGAAGAGGUUUAAUACUAAAGUAAAAUGAGGACUGGCGUCUUCUGGACUGGGUGGCAAGGGUGGGUAGCUCCGGUCCUCUAGGAUUGGUUCUUGCUACCAAACAUCUGCCCUAUGACAAUGAAAGGGCUGGGGCUGUACGUAUGGAGAGAGCAGAGGGACAAUCCUAGCGAAACGGACCAACAGACUUUACAUCUCUAAUUUCUUCUGCAUCUCCAGAUCUCUUCCUUUAGGGAUUUUCUUCUAGCCUGGGUACCAGUCUGUUCUAGCCUGGGUACCAAUGUGUUUAGUGAAUAUUCCACUACUUGUAUUCUUUUAUUCAUAUGCCAAAGCUGUUUAGCAUGACAGGAGUGGAAUGAUAGCUAAACGGACUAGUACCCAGACUAGUUUUAUUCUAGUUAAGUUUAAUUUAUUAUAAUGGACAAACAGAGACAGAACUUAUCACUGUUCACCUAAUGCGGCGUCAAUGCUGAAUCGAGUCACUGAAUCUCACAGAAGAGUUAUGUUACUAGUUACUACUGUCUGAUUCAUAGAGUUGAUUCCUCCAGGAGAGGAGUUAGUAAGGCCUCAGUCACUAAGGUACCGUCAGUCUUAACACUUCACACCCUGAAUGUUUCUACACUGUACCUGAGAAAGGAAACGUAAGUGUGCAUGUGUGAAAUGUUGCCUUUUCCAGGGGAGAGAAGUCUAAAGACAAAAUAUGGUGCAAUGUUCUUAAUAAUGACUGAUAAUGAAUAAAACAAUGAUUGAUUAUUUUGAAA